GAUCAGACUCCUCUCAGCCCCCCAGGAUGGGGUCCAUGUCGCCCCGGACCCUCCUCCUGCUGCUCGCGGGGGCCCUGGCCCUGACCGAGACCCGGGCGUGCUCGCACUCCCUGACGUAUUUCCACACCGCCGUGUCCCGGCCCGAACUCGGGGAGCCCCGCUUCAUCACCGUGGGCUACGUGGACGACACGCAGUUCGUGCGCUUCGACAGCGACGCCGGGAACCCGAGAAAGGAACCCAGUGUGCCGUGGAUGCAGCAGUUGGAGCCCGAAUACUGGGAGCGGGAGACACAGAUUUCCAAGAAAAACGCACAGUUUUACCGCGAUGGCCUGAACACCCUGCGCAGCUACUACAACCAGAGCGAGGGCGGCUCUCACACCAUCCAGAGGAUGUACGGCUGCGAGGUCGGGGCGGAUGGGCGCCUCCUCCGCGGGUACAGCCUCGACGCCUAUGAUGGCAAGGACUACCUCCCCAUGAAUGAGGACCUGCGCUCCUGGACCGCGGCCGACAUGGCAGCUCAGAUCACCAAGCGCAAGUGGGAGGCUGCUGGUGAUGCUGAGCACUACAGGGCCUACCUGGAGGUCACGUGCGUGGGCUGGCUGCGCAGAUACCUGGAGAUGGGAAAGGACACUCUGCAGAGAGCAGACCCACCCAGAGCACAUGUGACCCACCACCCAGUCUCUGACCAGAAGGCCACCCUGAGGUGCUGGGCCCUCGGCUUCUACCCCAAGCACAUCACACUCACCUGGCGCCGAAAUGGGGAGGACCUGACCCAGGACACAGAGCUGGUGGAGACCAGGCCUGCAGGGGAUGGAACCUUCCAGAAGUGGGCAGCUGUGCUGGUGCCUUCUGGAGAGGAGCAGAGAUACACAUGCCACGUGGAGCAUAAGGGGUUGCCUGAGCCCCUCUCCGUGAGUUGGGAGCCUCCUCGGCCCACUGUGCCCAUGUGGGGAGUCAUCGCUGGCCUGGUUCUCCUGGCAGCUGUGCUCAUUGGAGCUGUGGUCACUGCUGUGAUGAUGAGGAGGAUUCGCUCAGGUGGGGAAGCAGGGAGCUACACUAGGGCUGCAGGUAAGCACUGGGGUGUGUUUGGGGUGGGGGAGUCCCCAAAGCCCUUGCCCUAGUCAGGUGCCCCUGGAGGU